AAAAUGCUAGGGCAAAGAGCAAAGUGUUACACACAAUCAUUAAUAAAGAGAAUAACAAACAUGUCUGGCUAAUGGAUCAUUUGUGCCAUCUAGUGGUAGUUAUAGAAAGUACAGUCUAAACACUCAAUACAGAACACCAACCAGGAUUGCACACACUUAUAUGGAUUACAUUUGGAGGGAAUAUGUAUUAUUGAUUUAGUAAUAGCAAUAUGAGUUAAUGGCAGAAAUAGUAGUGAAUGACUAACAGUAUUGAAUGGCAGAAACAGUAGUGAAUAGCAGUAACAGUUGUGGUAAAACUAUUAACUUCCUAGCGUUUCCUUUUGAGAUGUUGUGUAAUAAUUUCUAAACAUUUUGUAAAGCUACUCUAGAAAAAUCCACCCACCGUGAUCAGUAUAACAGCAGGCAGGAAUUGAACUCUGUCUGAUCUGAACAGAUAUAAAUGACUGUCUAUUUUGAAGAGAUAUAGUUACACCUACAAACUUAAAUGUAUUUUAUUGGGAUUUAAUGUGAUAAACACAAAGUAACAAGUAAUUGUGAAGUGAAAAGAAAAUGAUACAUGGUUUUAAAAUGUUUUAAGAAAUAAAAAUCUGGAAAGUGUGGCAUGCAUUUGUAUUCAGCCCCUCUGACUGUAUAACUUGACUCAUUCAUUCAUCCCCUGACUCAUUCUUCUUUGCAAGAUAGCUGAAGCUCAGUCAGACUGGAUGGAGCGCGUCUGUGAUGAGACAUGGCCAGCCUCACAACAACUCAACAGCCUUGUCCAUGUUGCUUUUUUGCCCAACACUGACCUUAAUUAACUAAAGCCCGACGGCUAGCAGAGGUGGCGGACGUCUGCGACCUCACCAACAGCUGGAAAUGGCAGAAGGCCAGUACAAGCACCAAGUCGAUUAAAGCAGGCCUGUCACACCAUACAAGACACACAUUUUUCACUCUCUUUCACACAUUUUUUUGGCCAGGUCAGGUUUGGUUUUCUUAGUCAGUUUUCUUGCUCUCUUACCAUAAAAAGUGCUUAAAGAAAUGUUGAAGAAACAUGAAGAACCAAUAAGAAGUGUGUUUAACCUGUUAACCUGAUUCAGACACCUAGGAGAAGACCAUAGUCUGGAAACCAGUAAUGUUGUUUAAACAAAUGAACAGCCUAUUAGCGAAUAUUAUAUGAAGCACGUGGACUGCUGAUCAAAAUAUCAAAUCAAAUUUUAUUUUUAUAGCAGUUUUUACAACAGAUGUCAGCUUUACAAAUGUCCAAGUCCAAGCCUCCAGUGAGCAAGCCAAGGGCAAAGAAAUACUCGCUGUAACGUUUUGGACAACUGAUGGUCUUGAUGAAACGUAUUAGAAAGCAUGAACGUAUUAGAAAGCAUCUGCAGAAAACGGGGCUACGUUUAUUUUACCAAACAUGGCCCAAAUCUUCUCUUCACUUUUUCUUCUAUGAUCUGACAGCGUGAGCAGCAAAACCCACACCGAACCUGACAUUUUCAGCUCCGAUCCGGGAGACCUUGUGUAGUAUUCAAAUCCGAUGUGAUACGCAGCAGUGUAACUCAACCCGAAGCAUGCGUGCAUACACGGAGAUAUGGUCUGAACGCCCAGAUCGGAACUAACGGUGCUCGGAGACGUGGCUGUCAUGCGUGCACGAAAACCCUUCAUCAACGCUUCGGCACCUUUCGCCUCAUUGCGUUCACAAUAUUCUGCAGCAAGCCUGCGCUGCACACGAACAUGCACAUUAAUAUUUAGGGCAGUGCAUGCUCAUGUCGACUCCAUUUUGAUCCUGUCCCCGCUGGAUGAGCGUGCCACGUGAACUAUGCUUCUUUCGCGCAUGCGGAACAGUCUAGGGGAGCGUGAUGCGUUGUGACCAGUCUUUAAAAAAACCCAAACCAGAUUCGAUUACGUGCCGUGUAAACGCAACACGAACGCCUUUGUGGUGCAGUUUUGCUAGUUCAGUACGAGACGCCCGAACGUGCCUGCCAGCUGCGCCUCGCAGAAGCUCUGCAGCACGAGCCUGUACGUAACGUCGUUAAACCGACCUCACAGCUCGUGCUUUUUCCGUGUUGCGUAGAGUUUUUCGAGGCUUAACGACAACGACAUGCUGGUUCGUUUCCUCCCUUCGGGUCCACAAACAAUGUAAAUAAAACUGAAAUCCUAGAAGGUGCGUUGUGCACGCGGGUUGUUAGGAGUUGUCGGUGGGGGGAGUAGGACUCCGCGAGGCUAAAGGCGCCUCCUCCGCUCCACCUGAGCUCGAGCUGGGAGAUCACAUGAUCCGGCCAAGUGCGUACGCGCAGCGGCUGCUGGCGGACAUGGCGGACGAGGACGGAGAGGCAGACUUCAUCUGGGGCGCUCGCGGCGUUGCCCACGAGGACGCGUUCUUCGCCAUGGAGAGCUUGCAGGCGACGCUGCAGCAGCUCGAGGCCGGGCUCCGGCAGCGAGACCUCUCGGAAGCGUCGUCCACCGAGUACUGCGACAGCUUCUGCCAGGCUCUGAUGCAUUACGCCGGGAGCAGGAACUCGGUGGAGCACGGCCUGAGUCUUCUGGAGGUCUACUGCCUCUCUAUCAACUGCUUUGCGACGGCGAGGCCGCACCUGACGGCCGAGUCCCAGAGCGUCGCCCUUGUGCUGAAGAGACUGGCUCUGAGUUGCUUUGAGCUGCUCCUGUCUGUGCCUCAGAAUGACAUCCCCUUCGAAGCCUGGCUGCAGUUCCAUGGUUCUGUUCAGGCAGCUCAUGAAGCCAUGUUGCAGUAUGGGAGCACCGACCUGCAGGCACUGCUGCAGAUCACGGGAGAGGGAGGGGCUUGGAGCAGCCCCGCCCUAAUUGCACUCCUCACCGGACAGCCCACAGAUGCAGAUGAGGUGAAUGCCUACCUUGCUCUGGAGGGCGAGGACUUCUUAGAGAUGAGAAUUAAGCACCUGGAGAAGGUGGGCGAGGUGGAGAAGGCCUUGAUUCUGACUAAAGCCUGCGGGAACUGCACUCGCCUGUCCGGCCAAGGCAGCUUCCGCCAGACGUUUGUCACGCAGCUUUGCCAGCUGCUGCCCAGCGAGGAGGCCAUCACCGAGAUCUCCAAGCUGGAUGCCAAGGAUGUUCUGGACAUCAUUUGUAAUAUGGAGACAGAAGGUGACGAGAAUACGGCCUUCAUCCUCUGCACCACGUACCUGACCCAGCAGCUGCAGCAGGAACGUUUCUACUGCUCCUGGGAGUUGACACUGAUCUGGAGUAAGUUGCAGAGGAGGAUUGAUGGGUCCCUGGAGUCUUUUAUAGAACGCUGCCUCCAGUUUGGGGCGAUAGCGAAGACCGUCUACCACUUACUGUUCCUCAUCCGAGUAAUCCAAACUGAGACGAUGCACUUUGGGCUGGCGGUGUCUGUCGAACUUUGUGUGAAAGCCUUUCAGCUGCCAAGGCAAGAAGACACGGAAACCAAAACCACCGUCUGCAAAACUGUGGCCUGCCUCCUCCCGGAUGACCUGGAGGUAUUGCGGGCCUGCCAGCUCACCGAGUUCCUCUUGAGUCCCUCGCGAGAGGUGUUCGACUGCCUCGAGGAGCUCUACAGGCGUCCAGACCAGAAGUACGACGAGGAGAAUGCGAUCAUCCCCAAUUCGUUACGCUGCGAGCUGCUGCUCGCGCUCAAAGGCCACUGGCCAUUUGACCCCGAGUUCUGGGACUGGAAAACCUUAAAGCACUACUGCAUCAAACUGUUAGGACUGGAACCCGAGGAAGAGGAAGGACUGGCGGUCGAAGAUGCGAACGGUGCUCCGGCGACAUCGAAUCCAGUAGAGGGAGCUGUUGAUGCGCAGGUGAAACGUCAUGCCGAUGAAAGCCUUACCGAACCAAAGGAGAAGAACCGGAGAAAGGAAACCGUGAGGACGUCGCAGCGUCGGAAAACCUCAACAAGAGCUCUGUGGACGUCGGAGAGGGCCCAACGGUGGCAGCAGUACAAGUUUCUCUGUCACAUAUGCCACAGGGAAGUAAUUGAGCCACGGUUCCUCCAUCAUGCCAGGAAACACGCAGUGAGCGACGUGUGGACCUGUCCCGUAUGCCUUGAAAAAUUUGAAAGCAGACAGGAGUUUGUGCCGCAUUCCAAAAAGCACCUUCGAAUGCCCACCAGAGUUGGCCAUUUAAAGAAGAAGAAUGUAAAGAAGAAGGUGGAAGAGCAAGAGUUUAAACCGGACCGAGACGAGGAAGAUCUCCAUGACUUGGAACCCGGACAGAUACCCCUGGAUCCGUCCCUCGUCAUGUACUACCAGUCUACCCACGAUCCCGUCGUCUUGCAACACAUUUUGGAGCAAGCUGCCACCGUGCCUAAACAUCAAACAGACGAUGAUUACAUCACGUUUGAUUACAUCUACACUCACUAUAAGCUGCAGGACCGUGAGGUUUACCAUUGCCCCGCUACUGGCUGUUCGAAGAAUUUCAGACUUUUUAAGUAUUUAGGCGUUCACCUCAAGAACGACCAUAGCAACGCUGACCCGAACAUCAAGCAUUACAUGGAGAUGAAAGACAGACGGGAGAAGUGCACUUUCUGCCGCCGAACGUUUAUGACCGCGCACCACCACCGGAAGCACCGCCGUGUGCAUUACGGGGAGCAGCCCUACGUGUGCGUGGUCACGGGGUGCGGGGCUUGCUUCGCCACCACCAACGAACUCCUGGAGCACAAACAUGGGCAUGGCUUUCGGCUGUCCUACCACUGUGAGCUCACAGGCUGCAGCGUGUCCUUCUGUGACCUCGGUCAGCUGUACCACCACGAGGCUCAGCACUUCCGCGACGCAGCCUACACCUGCACCAGCCCGGGCUGCAGGAAGUUUUAUUACUCCCGGAAAGAAUUCCUGAUGCACUUGGCGGCCCACGGCAUCUCCUUCACGGAGAAGGACUUUGAGGCACAGAGAAAAGCGAAGAGGAAACUGUUGUUGCCUGUUGUGGCAACGGAUUCUGGCUCAGAAGGGGCCCAUCGGUCAAGCGAAGGACCCUCGAGCACACCGGAAAAACUCUCGCUAUCGCAAGAGUCAGAACGCACAAAGUCCCUGGCGCACGUUGCUGUUUGUUUUGAUGGUAAAAAGUUCACGUGUGGCUUGGAGAAGUGUGGUAGGACCUUCAACAAAGCCAGGGAGAUCCAGAAGCACUUGAAAAUGGUUCAUUCUGACCGGUUCAAAGACGAGAACGGGACGUGCAAAAAAACGAAAAAUGAAAAGCGCUCAAAGACCAGAUUUACGAAAGGGCAUAAAAACAGUGAAGACACAAGUCCCACCAAGGGUGCCAGUCAGGAAACAGACGUUCCGCCUGCUGCAGACGCGGUGCCAUGUGACGCGACAAUUUCCUUAAACAUCAGCACUCAUGCCUGUAAUCCUGAAAUCGGCGGUUCGCUCUCGGACAUUGUGCUAGGCUUCAGUCAGUUGAGCCUCACCUCCGGCACGUCCAGAAACGUCCGGCGUGCUUCCCGUAGACAAGCGGCGGUGUCUAAAGGGCCGCGGGCGACCCCUCCUGCUACGUCGCCGGCAAAACCGACCCCCGGCAAAAUCGAGCCGAGGUCACAUCCGACACCUGUGAGCGCGAGGAGAGCGCCGCGGAAGACGGAACCGCCGUCCGCUCGCGUUUUGGUGACGGCUGCUCCUGGGAAUAAGGGUCAGUCCGAAAACAGCGUGGUGGUCCAGCAGACAGCCAGGCCAUACGUUUGUGACGUGGAAAGCUGCUUUUACGAGAGCGUUACCAGCCGUGCGCUGGUUCAGCACUACUUCAGAAAGCACGGGUAUUCCAAGGAGGACGUGGAGCAGAUGGAAAUCUUUAAUUCUCUCAAGUUCAAGCCUUUUAAGUGUCACCUCUGCUCAAAGGUUUACAGAGAGCGGAAAGAGCUGAAGAUCCACUGUCUUCACAAACACACGGACGAUGUGGCUGUGGAGGCUUUUCGUGCGAAAAAUAAGGCGGAAGCGCCGAGCUCCGCCACGCCGGCCACGUCCCAGCAGAACGAGGGAGAAGGUUCCACAUCUUCGAGCAUGGGCGAGGUUCCUGCUGAGAGAAUCGAGCCUGCGUGGAAGAGCAGAUCUUCGAACGGCGACCGCCCGGCGUGCAAGGGCAAGAUGGCGAAAAGCAACGGCAAAGUUUUGAUGAAGGACCGGAGACUGCGGAUCGAACACCUUUUGUGCCAGGAGGGCGUGGAAGACGGAACCGUGCAAGAGAGGAGAGCAAGUCGGCGUCUGGUCAGAAGAGGGAAUUCCUGCGUGGAUGUGGCCUCCGUAGAAGACAGGCCAUACCCUUGCGUACACAAAGGCUGCGGAGCAGGGUUUAUGAAGCAGUGCAACCUUCUCCGCCACUUGCAGAACGUACACCACUAUAACAGCUCCCAGUUCUGCUGGGAGGAGGACAGUAACCUUCACCCUUGUAAACACCACGGCUGCAACAAGAGGUUCUAUCACCUCUCCAGUCUGUACAGACACUACCGCAAAGACCAUCAGAUAUCCGAGGAACCCAUUCCGAGGUUCAGGUGUACCUCUGGUAACUGCAGCGCGUCCUAUCACCUGAAGAGUAGCCUUUUACGUCACACCAGAGAAAUCCAUCAAAGUGAGGUACCUUUGGAGCCCACAGACCCACCUUCACAGUGCAAGUUCAAUGGUGGCUACGAGAAGCACGUUUUCUACACCCACGGCGAUCAGACCGAUGCCCACGUGGUACGUCUGCAGAGCGCCUGCAAAAGAGUCAGUGGCAACGCUGGGUGCCAGAAGAAGCUCAUCGUCACGGCAUCUUCUGGGACUGUGAAGGCCUCUGAAAGGUCGGUCCCCCUACAGCCUUUAAGAAGCUGCUGUGAGAAAGAAAGUGAUGUCAGUCAAGCGGAGAACUUCGAGUCCACUGUAGAAGCUCCGGAGGAGGAACCGGAUGUGAAAUGUGUAAAACCAGAGUCCAAAAAAAGAGCUGGCAGGUUGGUGUACCGAACCCAUGAGGAGGCCCUGCAGAUGUGCCAGGAUCGUUGCCUGCGUUUGGCGUAUCCAUGCAUGAUCCAGAACUGUGACUCCGUGGUGUCAUGCCUGAGUAGUUUGCAUCGGCAUUACGUAAAGUGUCACAAAAUGGCGCGCGGCAAAGUGGUGCAGAAUGAGGACAAGCUGUGCUACAUAGCCGAGCAGCUGGAGGAGCUGAUACAGAAGAAAUCGGCAGUGUCUGCAGUACCAGAUCUUGCUAGGAUUCCUAAUGGGGUCCUCAAAAUGGAGUAUCAAGCCGAGCCCGAGAACCCUGGGGGCCCAGCCCUUCCCAUGAGCCUCCAUUCUAUUAAAACAGAACCAACAGGACAGGAGACGCCGGAGUUCUCAGGAGAGCCGUCCUCUGAUGUCGCUGUACUUUUAGAUGCAGGUGACUUGCUUUAUGGUGAAAAUAAUGGGCAUACAGAGAACAUUUUGGAUAGAGCAAGCCCAGUUCUGGAAGACCAAACUGGGAGCCCGGUUCUGGAAGACCAAACUAAAAGUGAGUCUCCAGCUCCCCCUCUUGUGCCUCCUCCACCUCUUGACCUUUCACCUCCAUCUACUCUUAGAAUAACUGUCAGCGAUGCUGCCCUGGGACUUUCUGACAAGCCAACUAAUAUUGCCGCCGCCAUCUGCCUUUCGGCGAGCCCUUCCCCAAACCGACAGCCGCUGAGAUGGAAAAACUCCGAGCUCUCCGAACCGCUUCCAGCUGCACCUCAUCCACCUGCCCAGAAAGAUCUGGUCAGUCCAAGUCUUGCCCCCCGGGCGUUUGACAUAGCAGGUUACAAACCUUUAGGCUUUGAGUCCUCCUUCUUGAAGUUCAUUCAGGAGAAGGAAGAGAAUCAUAAAGGCGACAAGCUCCGCUCCACGGGUGUCCUAAACCCCUGCUGCAAGCCCGAUUCUCCCCGCCGACGAGACUGUUGCAGACGCAACUGCUCGGUCAAAGAGAACAACCAGAGAGGACCCGCCCGCAGUCGCAGGUCACGUUCGUCGCCUCUUAAGCCUCUGCUUUCGGCGGGGGAGUGCAGCUCCAUCCAGAACCUGCGCUUCAUCCUGGAAAGGGCGCUGAGGGGCUGUGGCGACCAGGCUAUAAAACAGCUCCAGUUCCUGAAGCCCGUGGUGGUCCUGGAACGGCCCAAGACCUCAGCCUCGCUGCUCGACCUCCUGCCUCCUGAAGCAAAAGCAUGAACUGUUGGUCAGGACUGUAAAUGACACAUGACAUUUCUCCCUCCCCCACAUACCCCCACUUUUUUGGGUUUGUUUUUGAAAACGUCCACGGUAUUUUUUUAAACAUUAUUAUUGUUUGGUUAUUAUUUGCCAAACUGCCAGGGUUAAUUACCUUGGUUGCCAUACAAGUAAGAAAAUGUUUAUAUCUGUAAAUAAGAACAAAUAAAGUCAUGAGAUGACUUCAUUUAAGAA